GCUGUGAAAGAAGAUGGGAGGGGCUUGCUUCUGCUCUCCGGCCUGCCUCCUCCCUUCUUUCCUGGCUAGGGGACGGAAGUGACGAAUCCUCCGAGAAGGUCACUUCCUGCUGGGGUGGAUGAGGAGGAGCCGGAGACGCCGCCGAGGAGACGGGACCGAGACGGACCGCGGAGGAGUGAGUCAGCAGGAGGGAGAAAAUGAAAGCGGGCUGCAGCAUUGUGGAAAAGCCAGAAGGAGGUGGAGGCUACCAGUUCCCAGACUGGGCCUACAAAACGGAGUCAUCCCCAGGCUCCCGACAGAUCCAGCUGUGGCAUUUCAUCUUGGAGCUGCUUCAGAAAGAGGAGUUCCGCCAUGUCAUUGCCUGGCAGCAAGGAGAAUAUGGAGAGUUUGUCAUCAAGGACCCAGAUGAAGUGGCCCGCCUCUGGGGCCGAAGAAAGUGCAAACCACAGAUGAACUAUGACAAGCUGAGCCGGGCCCUCAGAUACUAUUACAACAAGAGGAUCCUUCAUAAAACAAAAGGCAAAAGGUUUACCUAUAAGUUUAACUUCAACAAGCUGGUGAUGCCCAACUAUCCAUUCAUCAAUAUUCGGCCCAAUGGAGUAGUACCCCAGAGUGCCCCUCCAGUACCAACAGCCUCCUCCCGUUUCCACUUUCCCCCUCUGGACAGCCAUUCCCCCACCAGUGAUGUGCAGCCUGGCCGAUUCUCCACAAGCUCCCUAGCUCCUUCUGGGCAGGAGGUCUUGAACGAUGGCAGUGAACGAAAAGCCGAGAUUUCUGAGCUGGAGGACAGUUCCGCUGAGUGGCGCAGGGGUGUGGAUCUCAUGACUUCCCGGAAUUCAGUCACUAGUGGAGGAAUUAGCCACCAGAAGCGCAAGCCAGACAUCAUGCUCCCUCUUUUCACCAGGCCUGGGAUAUACCCUGACCCCCACAGUCCUUUUGCUGUUUCUCCACUGCCAGGCCGUGGAAGUGUCCUCAAUGUCCCCAUCUCACCAGCUUUGUCUCUUACUCCAACCCUCUUCUCCUACAGCCCCUCCCCAGGUCUAAGCCCCUUCACUGGUAGUAGCUGCUUCUCCUUUAACCCUGAUGAAAUGAAACACUACCUGCAUUCUCAAGCCUGCUCAGUUUUAAACUACCAUCUAAGUCCCCGGACUUUUCCUCGUUAUCCUGGGCUCAUGGUUCCACCCCUGCAGUGCCAAAUGCAUCCAGAGGAGCCAGCCCAGUUUCCCAUUAAGCUCCAGCCACCACCAGCUGGACGGAAGAAUCGGGAAAGAGUAGAGAGCAGUGAAGAGUCAGCAGUUACUGUUACUCCGACCAUAGCCCCUACCCCUCCAAGGAUCAAGGUGGAACAACAAACUGCAGACAGAGAGCCUGAAAACCAAGAGCAGCCACUAAGAGAAAAGGAGGAACAGCAUCGGGAAGAGCACUCCGUACCCAGUGGGACCAUAGGCGAGGAGGGCACCUUAUUUGCACGCCCUGCUGCACCCCCAGCCUGGCCCAUGGUCCCCCUCAGCAGCCCAGGUGAAGAGACCCCAGAGUUGAGUGAAAGUAGUGAGGACAGGCAUGGUAAGGAUACCCUGGCAGUAGUUGAGCCCAGUGCCCCUGAAAAGAAAGAGGAUGCCUUGAUGCCCCCAAAGCUUCGGCUGAAGCGAAGAUGGAAUGGUGAUAGGGAAGCCAGAGAGCUGAGUGAGAGCAGCAAGAUUCAUUGGAAUCUUUCUGGGUCUCCACCCCUCAUUGCUGGACCCAGGGGGGUGGCCACAGCCGCUGCCGCUGAUGCUUAGUAUUGAAAAUUAAUCAGGAGCUGUUUAUACUAUAAUUGAAUACAUGUAUUUAUGUAGCAAGGUUGCAGAGUGGGGGGUGGGGAGGGAGGGAGGGAAUUAAGCUGGUUUGAUCAUUCUAGAGAAUAGACUACUUGUAUUUUUAUGUUUUGGGGUAGGGGAGGGCUAUCUUUUUGUUGUAAAUUAGCAGGAUGUGAAAAGCUAAGUUGGGGGUUGGGUUGGGGAGGGUUAAAUAGGGGAGGGAGAGGGAGCCUCUAUCCCCUGGUAAGGCUUGGACUUUUGAAAAGGAAACUCCCAAAAGACCAAAAUACCUUGGUCAUGUUGAUAGUGACAUUGGGGAUCCCAAACAACUUGGUUUUCUAUUGUGUUUAUAUAGAGAAGUCAUUAAUGAAUUUUCCUCUUUUUAUGUAGAGGGAAACAUAACAGAAAGGGGUUUGGAGACCAUCAAUUCUUAAGAGUUAGCCUGGAAAACCUUUUUUCCAUUUUUGAUUAUUUCAAGGGAGGGGCAAGAAAUCUCAACAGUCUUAUUUGGGAGUGAGGUGUGAAUUUUUUUCUUUUAUAAACAAAAGUUUUCAGGAAACCCUGAAAAGUAAAGCCAGAUUAGAGCAGGGCAGAGGGGCCUUCUGGAAGGGCUGCUAGUUUCUUUAGAACUCUUCACCUACUCUACCUAUUAAAGAAGCCAUGAGGAGUUUUAAACUCUCUUUCAGGGAAGAAGGAAGAGGGCAGGAGGAAAUAGCCUGAUGCCUUUAAGAAAAAAGAAACAAAAGACAAGAAUUACCCUCGAUUUUCCUUUCUAGUUGUGGUUUGGGGGAGUUAAAAUGAAGUAUGAUUGUGAGUUCACCUGAAAGUGUGAUAGCAUUGUUGAAAAUGUCUUUCCAUCAUGUCUGGUUCUCUUAACAUUUUCUUAAGUCAAGCCUUAAUAUUAAUACACUUUACAAGAUACGGGUCUGUUGGCACAACCUGUAGAAGGGCACAGACAACUUUUCGUAUAACCCAGGAAUGUUGGAAUGUGGUUAGGUUUUCCGGUUGGCAUGUGAGGAUUUAGCUCUCCUCUCUAUCCUUCUUCCAUCCCAAUCUUUGGUAUUAUUGGAAUUGAGAGGAGCAGGAUGGUAAGCAGAAUGGUGGGAAGCAAGGACCGAGCUGAAAUAACUAAAAAUGCAGAAAGUUGAUGUGGGUGUGAGUAGAUGUAUGGUGAAACUAGAGGAGGUGGAGAGAGAUAGCAAGAAAUAUAGAAGACAAGAAGAAACAAAGAAAAGGCCUGGUAAUGAUAAGAGAGAUUUUCUGUCCCAUUGUAACUAUAAACUAUGUGUCAUAUGCCCAUUACGUAGGGUAGGUCUGGUUCUCAUUGUGAUGCAUCGAUUAGCCUGGCCUAUACUCCAAAUUCCAGUGAGAAGUGUGGUUUGUUUGUUUCCCCAUACUGGAGAAUGUUUUCAGUGGCUCCCCCAAAGGAAUGAGAUGUCCGUAUCUUGCAAAGCCAGGAAAAUAAGGCCUACAGCAGAAAGAAAAGCAGAUGACUAGAAGGGAAAAUUGAGUAGCCGUGUGAAUGAACUGGACUGACACUACUAUGAGAUUAGAUCAACUUGGGACAGCGUUGCAGGGAUGGUUAAAGAAGAUGGUAACAAGGGUCUGGGAAGCAUGAAAAAACUCAGCUCUACCCCACCCUAACUCAGCUGUAUAUAGUACAAUGUGUUUAAAGUGGUAUUUUUCUUCUUUAAAAAAAAAAAAAAAAACUUUUUAUUGGAGAGUACCAGAUAUGAGAGGCCAAGAAAAGGGUUGGAACAGGUGGGUGUGAUUUGGAUUAAAAAUUUCCAGGGAUGGUGUGGAUUGUUAGCAUCUUGAUUCAUCUCCCAGUGAGCCAUCCUGAUUUUAUAUGCACCCGGUUAACUGAAUCAAGAUCAGUAAGUGACUUGAACUUUUCCCACUCCUCAGGAAGGAGCCUUGAUCAAUGAGGCCCUGGCCAGGCUGCAAGGGAACCCUUGUUCUUGGCAAUGACAUCCCAUAGGUUGCCUUUGGUACCUGUUGUGGGGUUUUUCUUCUCUUAGCACCUUGACUUACCUCUGAAUUGGAAAGCAUGCUUGGAACUGGGGUAUGGGGGCAAAAUAUUACUUGGCAUAUAGGAGGCUGUCUGGCCAUUCCCCCUUUCCCAUAUCCACAUCCCCUUAGAGAGGGCCACCAGGUGUCGGUAUGAACUCAGGAAUAGAUAACACGAGGCCUUUAAAAAAAAAAAUCCAUAAUGCAUAUCUUUAACGCCCUAGAACCCAAGUGCCAGAAUUCCUAGAUGCUGCUUCUGUUUGAACAAAAAUUCACUGAUUUCACACUUGAAAAACACUCAAAAAAAUGUUCAACUCCAUGAAAAUUGUUGUUUGGCUUUAUGAACCUGUUUGGUGUUUAAUCUGUUUUCUGUGAUCACCAUUCCGCCGGUUAGUUUAUUGAUUGCACUGCGUGCUGGGAUUAGGAUGGUCCCUUUUUCAGAGCCAAACUUGGGCUUACUCAGGUUGUCAGGCAAUGCUGACGUCACUGAUGUUAGAAGUGGUCCUCAGGAAGGUGGUGGUUGAGGUGGUGCUAGAGCUGGAGGGGACUUUGAACCUCCUUUUCCUAACCUCUCUGCAGCACUUCAACUCUACCUGUUUUAAGCCAGACUCCUCCCAGCCAGGGACAGUGACAUCAGUGUCUAGCAGCAGCAGGUGGAGGAGGGAGAAAUGAAAACAAGGGUGUUUUUUGUUUGUUUGUUACAUUAUAUUUUUUCCAAAUUCCAUUGUGCCAAAUGUUUGAACUUUGACGAGUUUAAAUCUGUUGACAUUUCAACAUCCACCUGUAUUAACAAAUCAAGAGUAUGUUCUUGUGAGCAGUUGGCUUUUACAGCCUUAGGGGGGAAAAAAAACCUGUAGAGAAGAGACUUAAUGGCAUCCAUCCUCAUCAAAUAACUCACUGGUUUUAAGGGGGUUAGGGGUGAAAUAUGAACACUUUACCAAGGCCCACUCCACCCUCAUCUCCAUUCUAUUAACACAGGGAGUUACCAUACUUUAGUUUAGUCUUCAGUGGGCCAAGAAAAACCUAAGAAGCAUUAACAAAAACCAUAGCCAAGGUUUCACUUCUCACCCGGCAGGUGGAGUCCAAUGGCUGGUUAUCCCUUAUUUUUUAUUUAUUCCAUAAUUAUGUUUUGUGGCUUUUCUUGUUUUGUUUUGUUCUUUUUAUAAGCAAAAAUAACUUUACUUUUUGUCUUAUGAAUCCUACAUGGUGUUUGUUUUGAUUUUUAUCUUUUUGGUUUAAAAAGAAAACUUUUGAAUCUGAUCGUUUUUAAAACUUAUGGUUUUCAUUUCUUUUUUGAAAAAAAAGAAAACUACCAAUUGCAAAUUGUUUUGAGACCUUUAGGCAUAUUCUUUAAAUUGAUUAGAAUUGUGAUGCAGGGAUUUGUGAAUGAGAUGUUCACUUAACAGAAGAUGACUUGGUUUAGGUGUAUCCACUUAAGCAGAAUAAAGUGUGUAUAUGUACAUAAAAAUGUAAGUAAUCUGAACUCCAUUGUGCAGUGCCUUUUAGAUGUUCCACUUUCUAUAAAGUCUUCAGAAUUUUGCAUAUAUAUAUUAUAUAUAUAUGAUGUAAUGUUAUAGAAAUAUAUGUAUAAUAUACAUAUUUUUUCCAGGGGUAUCUGAUAGCUCUGUAUUUUGUUAUGGAAGUUGAAAGAAAAAAGUAUU